AUGACGGCGUUUUCUGUUUGUGUUCUCUUUACUUUGGUGGUUUAUGUAAAGGGCGAAGAUUUUGAUCAUCAUGGAGCCAUCUGCCCUCCCGGGUGGCUUAAGUGGCAAGAAUCCUGCUACACCUUGCUGCCUGGUAGGAUGAAUCACACCGACGCCUCUACCGAGUGCGCUAGGCGUGGAGCCGCUAUGGUCGUUCCCGAUUCACAGGAAGAGAAUGACUUCAUUUGGAGAGAAAUGAAGGAAUGGGUGAACAAAACUGCCGCGUCAUUUCUAAUUGGUCAGGAAUUGAUGAACAAAACUAGCGGGACAAUUGACUUAUGGAUCGGUUGUAGAAAGACAAAUGGCGGCCAGUUAACGUGUGAGGGUGAAACGCGUUAUCAAAAUUACACUGACUGGAAAGACGGGGAACCAAGCAAUAAAAGAAACGAAGAUUGCGUCAGGAUUUCCGAAGACUUUGGUGGACAUUGGGGUGAUAUAAUUUGCAAGGCUCUUUACUUUGCUGCCUGUGAAAUGAAAGCUGCCUUAGCUGGGCACUGCCGGUUACCUACUCGAUUCAUCCACGUACCGCAGAUGUGUCUACUCAACCACGAGAUCAAGAGUUUUCAAGUCGGAGGCUUUGAAAGGUGUGGCUUUGCGUGUUGGGCGGAGCCUCUGUGCCACUCCUUCAAUCUCUUGGAGGAGACCGAUGGAGUAAUGAUCUGUCAACUGAACCACGCAAAUCUCUACGAGGCUGACGGUAAUGGGAUCGGCAAUCAGGAGAACUGUUUCUUCUACGAGAAGUAA